CCCUUCAUUUCACAAUUCACGUCAACGACUCUCUCACCCCUGCCUCUUGAUUCAAGACUCCUCAACUUCCUCUGUUUCAGACUUCCUAGAAGAUUGAUUCAAUCCCCUCCAACCUUAUAAAUAAGCUCCUCAUUUUGGUUCUUCCAUAGCCCAAAACUUCCUCUCUUCUGUGCUCUGUUUUUUUCAACUGCUCAAUUUGGUUAUCAUUCCUAGCUUUUUGGCUUCAAAAAAGAAGAGACCUUUUUAGUUUUGUUCUGUAACAAACUUUCAGUAUGGCUGCUCUGGGUGAGAAGUUUCUGAUGAUAAUGCUUCUGGGAUUUGUAGCCAUUAGCUUCAACAACCUGGUUUCUGCUUCAGAUCCGGACAUGCUUCAAGAUAUCUGCGUUGCUGAUACUAAAGGUAAACCCAAGGUGAAUGGAUUCAUAUGCAAGGAUAAUGUAACAGCUGAUGACUUCUUCACAGUAGCCCUUGUCAACCCUGGUUCCACCAACAAUACCCUGGGUUCAAUGGUAACUCCAGCAAAUGUGAACCAAAUCCCUGGCCUCAACACCUUAGGAGUCUCCAUGGCCCGGAUUGACUACGCUCCCGGGGGCAUUAACCCGCCUCACACCCACCCAAGAGCCACCGAAAUCAUCUUUGUUCUUGAAGGUGAAUUGGAAGUUGGGUUCAUCACCACAGAGAGAGUUUUGUUCACCAAGACCAUUAAGAAAGGUGAAGUGUUCACAUUCCCUAGAGGCCUAAUCCAUUUCCAGAAGAACAAUGGCAAGUACCCGGCAGCCGUGAUCGCCGGAUUCAACAGCCAGCUUCCGGGAACACAACAGGUUGCAACUGCAUUGUUUGCAGCUACUCCACCAGUUCCUGACAAUGUUUUGACCAUCACAUUCCAAGUUGGUACCAAAGAAAUUGAGAAGAUCAAGUCCAGGCUUGCACCCAAGAAGUAGAUGAUCCAACUCCUCAUACACUUUGAAUAACAACAGCUAAGACAUUCUGGGGUCUAAUUCGUGUUUGAUUGGCUGAACAUUUCCCACAUUACACACACACAAAAAAAAAAAAAAAAAGGAAGAGGGAACAGAGAUUUAUUGAUCAUUUGGUUUCAUAUUCACACUUUGUUGUUCUAUUUUCUUCUUGCUUUUUUUAAUUAGUGUCCAAUGAGAAGAUCUCAUGUUGUUGUAAGUUAUAUGGUUUUGGUGUCCCUCUUCAUCAUUCCAAUAAACUGUGGAAUUGUGUUCUCAUUUAUUAUUAUUUUUUUUGGGGUCCCAUUUGUUGUUUUAUAGUUCUGUC